AUGUCCUCCACCAUCCGCGCCUGGACCUUCACCCACGGCGGCUACCCCUCCUCCAUCUCCCUCGCCACUCUCCCCUCCCCCACCUCCCCUCCAAACCCAACCACCAUCCACAUCCGCCCCCACGCCAUCGCCCUCAACCCCGUCGACAUCCAACUCAUCAACCUCCCCUUUUGGUCCAUGCCGCUCCUCACUCGCGUCUUCCCCGCCCUCCCCGCCCCGAAAGGCAUCGCCGCCGACCUCGCCGGCACCGUCGUUGCGGCCGGCAACAACUCCGGGUUUGCAGUUGGGGAUUCCGUGUUUGGGAUCGCGUUCACGCCGACGACGGGGACGGCGCAAGAGCUGGUAGAGGUGGAUGUGGGGGAGGGGGGAAAGGGAACAGCGAGCGCGGUGAUUUUAAAAAAACCGGAGGAGUGGAGCUGGGAGCAGGGCGCGGGGUUGCCGUUGGUGUGGUUGACGGCGCGGAAGUGCGUGAAGGAGGUGGAGGGGUGGGUGGGGAAGAAGAGCGGGAAAGGGAAGAGCGACGAGGGCCGGGUAGUGGUGUUGGGGGGGAGUUCGGCGACGGGGAUGUAUGCGGUGUGGUUGGCGAGGAAGCGAGGGUGGAGCGUAUUGGCGACGUGUUCGGGGCGGAAUGCAGAGUUUGUGAGGGGGAUGGGGGCGGAGGUGGUGGUAGAUUAUACGGUGGAGAAGGUGCCGGAGGAGGUGAGGCGGUGGGGGCCGGAUGCGGUGAUUGAUUGUGUGGGGGGGACGGAAUGUGUUGGCAUUGCGAAUCGAUAUGUCACGAUUGUGGGGGAUAAGACCUCGAGAUUGACUAUGGGAGGUGCGGCGUUAUAUUUGACGAGUCCGACCAUGUACCUUCGGUGGGCGCUGGGAAAGGCUGGACUUGGAAGCUCGUAUGAUUGCGUCAAUCUCGAGUUUAACAAGGAAUUCCUCGAGGAGGCGUUGACAUUGCCAAAGGACAAGAUCGCUAUCGACAGCGUGUGGGAGUUUGAGCAGUUGAUGGAAGCCUUUGAGAGGCUUAAUACCGGUCGGGCAAGGGGGAAGGUGAUUGUCAAGGUCGCAGAAUAA